CCACCCCCCCCCCCUCCUCCAUACACUCUUCCUUGUUUCAAGCAAGCGUACUGGUGAGAGAUGAAGGUGUUCGAGGUGGCAGUUGUGCUUGCUGCACUUGUGGUGUUGGCUUCUGCCUCCAGUCCGCCCACGCAUGGGACGUGCUCCCCCGUCAAGGACUGUGCUAUCAACUCGGACUGCGACACCAACCUUUGCUGUAAUAACAAGUGCGUGGAGCCGACAAUGUCGCUGCUGGGUGAGACGUGCGACAACUCGUGCCUCGGGUACUGUGACUUGUCGGGCUCUGACGCAAGGUGCAACAACAAUCGGUGCGAGCGGCGGGUUGUGGGCUCGUCGACAAGCGCGCGGCCGGGGAUCGGGUGCAUGUGCGACGGAUCGUGCGGGGCGAACAUGGCGUGCGAUUACAACGCAACACGUGCUGCGUCGCUCAACGUGUGCCGGUUCAACAGCGUGCUUCCUGCCGGGGCCAAGUGCACGGCGUCGUCCGAGUGUGUGGGCUCACAGACGUGCGACAACGGGGUGUGCACCGGGAGGGCGCUCAACGACUUGUGCUCGCUGAGCGUGAUGGACUGCGCGCCGCCUGCGGUGUGCAUUACGGAGGAGGCGGCCGACUCUACGGUGACGCGGUGCCUCACGCCGCGGACGGCUGGGGCCAAGUGCAUCCGCGACGCCGACUGCCAGUCUGCGUCAUGCGACACGAGCAAGCGGGUUUGCGUUGAGCGGUUCUCGGUGCCUGCGGGCGGCAACUGCACGUCCGAUGCGGCGUGCGAGUCGCACCAUUGUGGGACAGAUGCGUUUGGCUCGAUGUCGCCCGGGCGGUGCUCCGAGACGGUGCGUACGCGCGGAGCCGGCGGCAAGUGCCCGAACGGCGACAUCAACUGCCAGCCUGGGCACUUGUGCAUCGGGACCGAGGAUAAGGAGUGCGCCGACGUGAGAGGAAUUGACUGCCUCAACGGCGCGUCAUGCGGCAACGGCGCGUGCUCGUGUGCCGGGUCAUCGCUCAAGUGCUUCCCGCGCAACUACCCGCCGGCCGAGUGCGACGCGGCCAAGUACGACUUGUUUGCGGCGGUGCCGUCGUACGUCUCGACGCCGAUCUCGUACAUGCGCUCGCUCACAUCGUUUGCCUUUGUCCUUCCGUACAACCGGUACCCGAGCCAGCUGCAGGAUCUGACGGCCAAGUACUUUUGCUGCCUCCUCACCAAGGGCUCGAUCGGAUACAAUGAGUUUAUCAACACUGCCCGUGUGCAGGCGUUUGCCUCGACCAAGCUCGAUUGCAAGGCCGACCCGCCGGUGUGGAUCGACGUCGAUGCCGCCGACCCGACUGCCACGCCCAAGCGGUGCACGCUCACGGAGCGGCUGACCGUCGAUGACCUGGUGGUGGGCGGCAACGCUAACUCGGCGCCGAUGCUCGGCCAGCUCUCGGCCGCCAGCGCCGUCGCGCCGUCGCUUGUUGUUUCGGCUCUGGCCGCAUCGCUGGUUGCAGGGCUGGUUGCCAUGUUGUGAAGAAACGCGGAUAAAGUGUUCAAGCAUGC